UUUUUUUUUUUUGGUUCAGUUUGUUUGUCUUAUUUGAUUAUGUCAUUGUAUGACUUUGGGAAGGGUGGUGAGGGAUGACCAGGAUUGGUCGGGUAUCGGGGCGAUUGUCUGAACCUUGGUGAAGGUUUUAUAACUGUGUAAACCCAUAAGGGGGUUUAAUGCAUAUUAGACUUCAAAACAGCUGUUUAGACGACCAUGUACAGUGGACUGGUAAUCAAAGUUUGGUAGUGCCGUUAACAUGCUUUAAUGAUGGUUAUCACAAAAUGUUGUAUACACUGAAUAUUGAAAUCCACUGGCUGCAUAUUUCAGUUGCGCAGUGUUUUCAAUGCAACAAAAAAAGAAAGCUCUUUCAGUUUGAAGAUGAAAUGUUUUAUACAAGGUGUGAAACAUUUUAAGUGCACUUUCAAGUCUUCUGCAGAAACUUUUUUUUAAAAAACCAAUGAAACAUUGCAAUGGAAGAAUGCCCUCUGUUAGUUUAUUGAUGUUACAAUUAAGUACUUGAUAUAGCUUUCUGCUGUUUAGAUUAAUUCUAAGUCUCUUAAUGUUUGAUUGGUCUCUAGUAUGCAACAAUUCGGUCAGAAUACAUGCAUGAAUAUAGAAGAAAAUGUAGAUUUCUCAAGGGAUGUCCAAUUCCUGCUAGAAGAGGCUUAGAUCUGUUUCGUAGGUAUUAUGGCAUAAUCAAGCUUGUUAUUCGUUGAAAUGGGAACACAAAUCAUUCGGAAUUAUUUCUGUAAUAGAUAUGAGUAGUUUAGCCAUUCUGAUGUGUUUUGCAUUGAAAGGAUAAGAUGCAUUUUGAUAAGCGUCAGUAUUGGAAUGGCAUUUAAACAGUCAUUUCUGAACAUUAAUGUAUGUUUUUUAUGCUUUGUUUCAUGUGUUUUCUGAAAGGAGAUGAUAAUAGAUAGUAAGGUUUGAAAUAACAAUUGUAUCUACCGAGGAGAGGAACCUGUCCUUAUAACCGAUUUCUGCCACAAAUAGGUGUUUUACGAUCUCCACCACCUCCACACAAUCUAUUGUCAAAAGGAGUUCCUACCCAAAAACUGGGUACUAUGACAGGUCUGAAUUUCAAAAGACCGUUGGAAUAAAGUUGUCAAUGAUAAUAUUGCAUCAAUCAGGAAACAUGAAAUACUGGGAAAUCAUUUAGCAUGGAGAACUGUGGUGUUGAUUAAGGUGGAAUGACUAAGGAAGGGUUUUAUAGGAGGGAGAGAAGACACGGUUUACAUCUGUGUGUGAUUAUGCAGGCCGUUCCCCAUGCAGUAAUCAGAACUGGCAGAUGACUUGCUGUACUCGGAACCUACCUGGUGGUGUACAGUCAUUUCUGUUAUAUGUGUCUACAUUUCCUUUUGUGUGCUGAUUUAAACUUUUGGGAAAUGUUAAUUUGGUGAUUGCCUAUUUCAUUCAAGGAAUAUACAGAUUAAACUGGCAGGACAAACAGUGAAGAAGAAGACCUGUUUAUUGUAGGAUUAAACAAUAUAAGGGGACGUGUGUUGGAGGGAUUUAAAUUCAAUCUCUGGAGUUGUGGUAUAUAAUGCUGCCAGACAGGUACCCCAUAUGACUAUAGACCCUCAAUGUAACAGACUCAGGAGAUGGGCUAUGGAAAGCCACUAAUGACAUCACUGAUUAUACAUUCCACACUGGUACUAUCAUUCCUAGCGACGGUGGCAGACUUGGCUAAUGGACAAUACAGAUGGAAAACAGAUGCGUGGUCAGAUUGUGAGAAGCAGUAUGGCUGUGGGUCUGGUGGUACACAGGGACGUAAUGUCUGGUGUGAGAAAUUCCACCCCCGUGUACAAGUUGUCCCGCGAGCACUUUGUAAGGAUGCAGGGUAUGAGCCCUAUAACAUGCAGUCCUGUUACAAGAAAUGUGACCCCAUCGGGGAUUACCGUAUUAAAUGGGUUUCAGGAAUGUGGUCAGAGUGUCAAAUAGACCAAUCAAACAAAGGGUGUGCAAGAAAUCGCGGUUUUCAGACUCGUGAAGUGUACUGUGCGUAUACGAAUAAUGGAGAAAAGACGGAGGAUUCAGUGUGCUCGUCUUUCAAAUUGAAUAAACCAAAUUCAAGACAAUCGUGUGAGUAUCUCUGCCCUCAGAAUUGUGUAGUGGGAGAGUUCUCAGAUUGGAGCUCUUGUAAUGAGUGUCAGUUCUUCAAUAGGAGUAGGACUAGAGAUAUCAUAGUGCCAAAUAAUCGUGGGGGCAAGCCCUGCCCUUCGUUUUCCGAAAUGUCUCCCUGCAGCAACUGUACUGGUAAAUAUUUCCUAUCAUUUACUCCCUGGACUUCAUGUCAAGCCUUUACAGAUUCAUUCAAUUCACGCAUUCCACGUAAUUCUCAUAUCGGAAACCAAGAGCGAUCCUUUGACUGCUAUAACAUUCGGGGUCAGAGAGAAGAAUUAUCGAAAUGUACUGGGAAGUUCAAACCAAUAGCCUACAGACAGUCGUGCAUCAUUAGUCAGGACUGUAUCCUGGGGCCAUGGCAGGGACUGACCACCAUCAACCAGACCUGUGUCACUGAAAAUCACCACAUCAAGCCGGGCUACCUCUACAAAAAACGAAACGUUCUCCAGAUUCCCCUGGGGGACGGCAAACCAUGUGGACCACUUGAGCAGUACGAGCCAAUGCGUUCUAGCCAGAAGAUCAACUGUCCAAGAACUGUGUGGACAAUGUCUGAUUGGUCAAAAUGUAAGCCAAUCCAGGGCCACAAACAGUGUAACACGGGGAUACAGGAUCGGCAUGUCAUCUGUGUCCAAAUAGAUCAGUACAGAAAACAGACCCCUGUUGAUGAAUCUAAAUGCAGUGAAAAACGACCGUCGACAUCACAGACCUGUCUGAUACAGUGUAAGGCGGAUUGUACUGUGUCGAUAUGGAGUCCCUGGUCAGAAUGUAAAGUUACAGACUGUGAAAUGUACGCCAGGAGACGUCGGAACAAUAAGAAAACGGGACAGCGCUACAGAACUCGUCAGAUAAGAACAGAGCCUGCACAAGGCGGUCAGGCAUGUCCUCAUUUGAGUGAGACUCAGAACUGUGACCCCGAGCCCUGUUACACUUGGAAAGUCUCACGAGGGGAGUGUCAGCCACAGCAGCCACCGUGUGGUGUGGGCGUCGCUUAUCAGAGUGUAUACUGCUUCAAUCGUAACAACACCCGGGUCAGUGACAGCAGGUGCUUGGAGCUGAAGGAGCAGCCCCCGGCCCAGGUUCAGUGCGUGGUGUCCUGUGAUAACGACUGUGUGGUAUCUGAGUGGGGUGAAUGGUCCGAGUGCCCGAGGAUUUGUCAGAACAACAUGAUGCCGAGACCCACAAUCAAACAACGUACCAGGACCAUUCUAGCAAAGGCUUCAGGACAAGUGGGUAACUGUCAAGCCCCACUUACAGAGCGGGGGGAGUGUCCGACGGUGAUUGAGUGCGAUACAUACAGGUGGCAGACCGAGCCUUGGGGGCGCUGUGAACUGGAUAAGCCACUCGAUGGGUGCGGCAGAGGGGAACAGGCCAGGAUGCUGGGCUGUUACAACAACAGGACUUCUGUUUCGGACAUCAAGUGUGCCAUGGAGGUGAAGCCUCCCGAUAGGCAGGUGUGCACAGUGCCAUGUCCAGAAGAUUGUAAAAUCUCUGUGUGGUCUGCAUGGUCCCCAUGUUCUGCCACCUGUACCUCAGCCAACACUUCUGCAAAUCCUUCAAAAAGUCGCCAACGCUACAUCUUGAUUCACCCUAAAAAUGGCGGAGCACUGUGCCCAAACCUAUUAAAGGAGAUCAAAGUUUGUUUUGAUCUUCCGGUCUGUAAUCGGUACCGGUGGAACAAAGGUAACUGGAGUGAGUGUAUCCUACACAGACAGGAGAAGUGUGGGCGAGGACUGAAGGCCAGAAAUGUGACCUGUCUCCUGAAUGAUGGUACAGUGAGCCCGAUUAAUAACUGUCUGACCAGCGUUGGUCAGAUGCCAGCCAUUGCGGAACCAUGUUAUGUGGCUUGUGAAGAUGAGUGCCUGUUUACUGAUUGGUCUGAAUGGACAAACUGUUUACAGGGCUGUGGAAGUAAAAGAUUCCGCCAAAGGAGGCCAAAAGUGGCUGGGAAUGCCCCACCAGAGUGUAGUGAUUUGACAAUGUAUCCCCGAUAUGAACAGGAUGUGUGUCACUGCGGCAGAAUUAAGGAGGAGUUAGGAGCCGAUUUCUCCGAAUGUAUCCUUGAUCCUCCGAAAACUGCACCAGGGCUUCUCAGACCUAUAACCAAUUCGAAAAGAGACAACAGAGAACCAUCUAAAGAUGAGGGAAUAGUCUGUGGGUGGGGCCAGAAAAUCCGCUAUGUUGCCUGCCAGUCCAGUUCUGCAGCAACCAAUCUCAGGAGAUGUACCGAAGCUGUGAGUUUGGAAGUAACACAUUGUAACAUACCAUGUCCUAAUGAUUGUGAAAUGGCAGAGUGGAGUGAGUGGUCAAAAUGCCCAUCUAAAUGUCGACCAGGCAUUCAAAAGAGAUCACGCUAUAUCGAGCAGUUAAACUCGGCAGGAGGGCGACAGUGUCCGAGCCUGGAUAGCACACAGACAGAAAGUCAGACACGACUCUGUCAUCCCGAGUGUUCACAGUACGUGUGGAGGGCGUACGAAUGGAGCAUGUGUGACAGCAGUAGUCACUCCUGUGGAGACGGGACACAGAAGAGAAUGGUGCAAUGCGUAACAAUCAACGUCAACGGAGACACGACGGGAAUCACCGGCGAGGACAACUGUGCCGGUCAAGUGAAACCUCACAGCGAGCAGACAUGCAGGAUGGCUUGUGUUGGGGAGUGUGUGAUGUCGGACUGGACAGAAUGGACAGAGUGCCCCAGGCCCUGUUUGAAUGGCAUAUCCAAGCAGACCCGAUCCCGUAAGAUCAUGCGUCAUGCCAGCAUGUACAAUCCGCGGUGUGGAGAGACGGAAGAUUACAAGGACUGUAUGAAGGACAUGAACUGUGUGGACUACCACUGGGAGUGGAUGGCCUGGACCUCCUGUCUCAUCAACAAUGGCCAGGAGGAGUGUGGGGUGGGGCUGCAGGAAAGGUUCCCCGUCUGUAGGACACAUAACGAGGUCGACGUAGACGACCGCAUUUGUACUAAGAUAAUUGGUCCCCCAGACCAGAGUGAGAGGAUGAAGCGAUGCGAGGUCCCUUGUGAUGUGGAUUGUUUGGUGUCAGAGUGGUCCCAGUGGUCUUCAUGCAGUCAGACUUGUGGAAUAGGAAGGAGUACACGGGAGCGAGCGGUGGUCGAACAGUACACUGGAAAUGGUCGGAAAUGUCCGUCCGAUCUGGUCCAGACAAAACCAUGCUACCCCAAGGGCUGUUAUCACUGGAACGUCUCGGACUGGUCCCCCUGCAUGCCACAGAAGAGUAUGUGUGGAGUUGGUAUACAAACUAGAAAUGUUUCCUGUUUGGGAGAUGAUGGACUCCCUGCUGACCCAGAGAGGUGCCCUCCUGACCUUGAUAUUCUCGUCCUAAAGACUGAACAGAAAUGCAAAGUUCUUUGUCCUUGGGAGUGUAUAUUGACUGAGUGGUCCGAGUGGAGCAAGUGCUUCAUCAAUUGUGCCAACUUUGAUAUCGGAACCACCCAAGGACGAACCAGUCGAUCCCGCGCCAUUAUCUCGCAGGGCAUCCGUCCCUGUGAUGAGAAGCUUUGGGAAUCAAAAGCCUGUCCUGCAAUGGAUUGUACUGACUUUGUAUGGGUUGCUUCUCCUUGGAUAGCCAGUAGACGUGAGAUUUCUUGUCAGACAACGGGUGGAGUUCAAGUAAACCAAGAGGCCUGUCAGGAAUCUGCCCGGCCCCCUACAGAUUUGUCCUGUGACCCCCCAUGUGACGGGGAACACAUGAUCUGUAACGACACCAACAGCUGCGGAUGUGAGGCAGAUUUCUCCGUGGUGACUAAUGCCCAAGGCCUGGUGGUGGCUUGUAUCAAACAGAAUGACACGCUUAGUAUCGGGGCACAGAAAACAGGGACGGAGGAGGAAUUAGCAGCGAAUUACUGGAUGUACGCGGUGGUGGCAGCUGGGACGCUGUUUAUUGUGUUUGUGGCCCUAGCACUGUAUCACAUGAGCGAUUUCUUUAAGAAUGGUCCACGGCCUCAUGGUGAUCAGAAGGAAGAGAAAAAAUCCAUAGACAUAGAGAGCACGGACACUGCCACUCGUGGGUCCAGACAGGGAAACGAGAGCUGUAAUGUGUGUAGUCAGAUUCCCGCUCCCGUCGACACCAUGGUUACUAACAGUAAUGGAAGGGCGGAGAUUCGCCUCGUGGAUGAUGUACGGCCAUAUGUUCAAUCAUGGAAUCGUAAAAGCUUGGCUAACUAUAUUGCUGAUGCACUCUCCUGCUCAAUCCCUUGCAUGUCUAAAAAUACCUCUUAUGCUCUGCAUGUGCAUGAAAAUAUUAACGAGACUAAAGUUAAAUUACCCCUUGAAAACAUUCGACUGUUAACUCGUGAAAAUUCCCUGAAGGAUGAAUCCAUGGAGACAGAGUUUAAUGACAUCAGCAAUCUGGUGCACACUCCUAGUUACUAUAUGGCUGUCAAUGCCUCUGAUGCCGAGAGCCAUCGCUCCUCAAAAGUUAUCAUGUUGCCACGAGGUAAUACUGACAAUUUUUUGUGUGACUCGUUAGACACUGAGACCUCUAGUCCUGAAUCGACAAAGUCUCAAGUCAAGCGCAGUCAAUCAGACUCGGCUAUUUCUAUACCCACCUCUAACUCACUAGGUGCUUGUUCACGUGCUAACUCGCCCUCUGUGAAAAAAUUCAAAAUACUCAAAAAGAGGGUGGCAAAAUGUAGUGAAAAAUCUGCUAAACACAGCUCAACACAAACUUCAACACAGAGUUCUGUGGAAGAGAUUGUUGAGCUAGGCACAAAACCGACAACUCUAACAUACCAAGACUCCAGCGAGACCCAGGCCUUCCCAAGCUCCAAUGGAUUUCCAGUUGAAGGGAGCAUGUCAAACUUCAUGGAUGAUUACUUUGAAAAAAUGAAUUCCAUGAGUAAAUCAAAUGAAAAUCUGAAAGAGAGUGGUGAUUUGCUUCAACGUGAAGAGGCUAACAUUGUCAAUGUCAGUCCAGACCUUCACUCCCUGUCUUCAGAGGGAUCCAGCAUUCCCGGAGGAGAGGUUUCCGAUGUCCUUCUCGGGAAUUCUCGUGAUCAAGCUGAACUACAGCAAUUACUGCCAACCACGGACAACUAUGACUCCACAGACUCCAACAGAGGUUUCUGUGUUUUUGUACCAAACUCUCUGUCCAAAGACAGUGAGGCAAGCAAAAUAUUAGAAAAAAGACAUGAAUUAAAGCGAAAUGACACAACUAGGCGACGAGAGAGAUUGACGAGACAGAAAAAAAUUGACCAAGAGAAAGACCCUAGUGAGAGUGAUCACAGUUCACAUAUGACACCUGAUCAGUCAGUUGACUGGUCACAUGACACAAAUUCCCAAAAGUGCAAUUCCCAUAGUUCAGUGGGCUCCGAUCAUGGAAAUGAUCGCAGCUCUCGGACUGUUCAGUGUAGAUCAAAGGAAAGCAAAAACCCCUUACAGACUAGUUCUCCUCGACAAGUCAAGUCCCAGAACUCUAGUCACCAAGUUACACCAGUCUGAACCAUUCAUAAAUCAGAAAUUCGAUCCGGGUUUUUUUUACAGUAGUCUGAAAGAAUCCUUUUUCAAGUAUUGAAGGUUUUCCACACGUCUUUGAAAAUUGAUAUGUAUUUUAAAACCAGAAAAAAUGUAUUUAAGCAUGUGUUCAUUUCCGACAUUUACUCUAAACAAGAUCAAAUGAUUUGAGAACAAUAUGCAUUUCUCCAACGGAAAAAUAUUAGCUUGGAUCUCAUAUGACUAACAUUAUUAUCAUUAUUAAUUGUACAAAGUUCAAGGUUCACUUGUGUAUACCUGCAUGUUCAUUUUUGCAUUGACCAGUAUUACAAACUUCAAUAAUGCUGAUACUCAUCACAAAAUAUUUUGUUAUUUUAAAUUAAUAACAGUUGCAAUACUUUUGUUAUUAUUUGAUUCUGCAUGCUGUCAGAAAAUGAAUGAUUGUAAAUUUUGAGUUUAUAUAAAGCAGUUUUUAUGCAACA